AUGAGUAAAAGUCGGGAAGUACCAGCUCAGUCCAAGCUCAAAAAUACAAUUGCCCAACUAACUGAGAAGUUGUGGCAACUUAGUAUAUUAGACCAAAGAGGGAUGAUCACUAAUAUUGAUAAAGAAAGAAAAGAAAAGAUUCAAUAUGAAAUUAGAUUAUCAUCAAAAGCUUUGCAUAAAUUAGAAUAUCACAAACAGUCUCAGCAAAAGCCAACUGGUUGCCCAAGUUUAGAAGAACAACAGCCAGAUUUAUUAGAAGCUAUUGUUCAAAUUGUUUCUCUGGAUGGGCAGGCUGAUGAAAGAUAUACUGAAGAAGGAAAGCGACAUGUUAAAACUGUGCCAGUAAAGCUUCUAAGGUCGCAAAACACAGCAAGAAGAAGUCAUGAAGAUACUCAUUUCUGUGCUGCUUUGAUAAGAAAUAUAAAAGAAAUAGUAUCGUUAUUGGGUCCCAAGAGUGCUUUAGUAAUCUCUCAAGAUGAUAAAGCGCGAAUACCUCUUGGUUUAGCCGCGGCCAACAAACAAGCACCGAUUCUUAUGAGGCUGGAAUACCGAGUAGAACUGCUGGAUCACGAUUGGGUUGUUGCUAAAAAACAUAAACAGAUUCCUUCAGUCUAUGCAAUAUUGGAUAUACAAGAAAGUAAGUAUGAGCAAGCUAAAGCAGUAACAUAUUCGGGUCCAAUAUUUAUAAGGAUCCGUAGUGGUAAACACGAUAGCAGUACCACUUAUUCUCAUAGUAAAGAUUUUGAUGACUUGAUAAAUGAGGAGAAAUUGCGUAACUACACUACAACAAAUGAACAGCCUAAACCUGUAGUGGUGCUAAUAAGUGACGGUGGUCCCAACGAGAACCCUAAAUAUAGAAAAACAAUUCAAAUGAUGAUCGAACAUUUUGAUAAAUACUCUGGCGUCAUACUUCCACAUGAUACAUUUGGAUUAUAUUUAGAUGCACAGCUAAAAACAAACGAUGAAGAGUUAGAAAAGUAUCCUCCUAAUGAACAUUAUAGCCCAAGUGAAAAGUCAGCAACUUGGAUUGAGAAACAUGUAAUAACUUGUCAUUAUGUUACCCAAGUCGUGAAGUGUGAUGAUCCAAGUUGCUUUCAGCAAACACCCUAUAAUAUUUGCGCGGCAAAGAUAAAUGAAUUUGAUGAUACAACCCACUUUAGCUCUUUUCUUUUAUCUGUAUUAAUGGAAAGAAAACUAACUCCUCCAGAUAUGAAUCUACGAUACCUUUCUUUUGAUUGGUAUUGCCCAACUGUUAAUAAAUCGAUCAAUGAAUACAUUUGUUCUUACUGUAAUCGGUACUUUGCUUUAAAAAAAACUUUAAAAAACUAUACUAGAAAAUGUUUGCAUAAGGAAUUUAAUUUAUCUGUUGAGGCUGCUUUGGAUACUCAAAAAUUCCCAGUAGUGUAUGUUCACAACUAUCAUCAUGGUGAAUUCUUGGUCAGUAACAAAAGUAGUGAGACUAUAUGGGUAGAAGAAGAGGUAGUACCAGAAGAUAUAUUAGAAAUCUAUAAUCAGCAAGUACAAGUUCAAGAAGAAUUGGUUGCAGAUAAAGUGUUAAUAGUUAACUGGGAUACUUGA